AGAGUGCAGGAAAACUGACAACGCAAACGCGCCAGAUGACGACAAGGCCACAGCCAUCUCACAUGGCGUUAGGUACCAGUAUCUUAGGCACCUACAAUGGUGUCACCACACUCCGAAUCGUCGCUCUGGGGCGCCCAAAGGAGCGCCCAGUGUCGAGGCUCAGCAUCGCUUUGGAUGUCCAGAUUGCCAGCAAUGUGUUUCGUGUUUCCCCAUCCCAAUAUGCCUCCCUAACCGCUCGGUUCGCCUACUUGCGGCUGUCAUAUAGCUCCGAGUCCUGCACUCCCGCAAGACAAUGAUCCACAACGUGCCCCACCGGCCCCCUGCAUAGGUAAAUAGAUUCCCAGCCUCAGAUCCCGCAACCAGGCGCCAGCCUCAACUCAUAUCAACACAACUCGCAUUCUAUUAUGCCGACUGAGAAAGAGGCGGCGCCAGAGCCAGUUCCCGGGGUUGACCCUCUCCCAUUUGCACCUUUGUCCAGCGAUAACUCCUCCGCAUAUCCGAAUUAUCCCCAAGACCAGUGGGACCUCCUAAACAACCACUUCCAGGUGGGCCAGGUUCCCCAACAGACUUCAAAUCCACCGGAUAACCUAAUCUGGCCCGAAUUUGAGCUCGACCAGGCUUUCUUGAACUCCCUAGGUGAUAAUCAAGGGGGAAACAUUCCCGUUUCCCUCUACAAUGAUGCGUACACGAACAGCGUCGGCCUUGGCCACCAAAGUGUCGUACAAUCUGGGGCAUUCGACAACUGGAAUCUUGACCAGCGUCUGUUCGCCCCUGACUUUGGCCACCAUGUUCCUGCAGAUGAAGAUAUACAUGGCGGCUUCUCCCGCACCUCAGUAGCAAGUACAAUUCCUCCAAGUCUACACGGCCACAUCGCUGUCAGCGGAAUUGAAUUGCCUUUGCCGGAUGCAUCCUUUCCUACUAGCCAAGGCCUGCCUCCAGAAUUCUGGGAACUGGGCCUCCUUCCCUCCUCGCUCCUCCAGGAGACGGAAGUCACUUCUGCAGAUGUUACCUUCGAUCCAGCUUUCGGAACGCCAGACCCACUGACAUUUGGGGACCAACACCGUGCAGAGUUCAGUCCCAGCGGUACAGGAUCAACCCCAAGUACUGAAACCAGCGUUUCGAUGAGUGGGAUAUCAAGUACGCCGAAGUCCGGAGGAUCGCGGACAUCCGAGAAUAUCGACCACGAACUGAGUUACUCUGGCACUCAGAGCAAUAAACAGCCCCGUCCACUAACCUUCAGGCUCAAUGUCUCUCAAUCCAGAGAAAACACCGGGGGGGCCUCAAAUUCAGCUUAUACACUUCAGAGUAGAUUAAGCCAGUUCCACACUGGUAGAGUUCGAAAACAAUUCUCGAAGGACCGGCGGAAAGAAAUUGCUGUUACCCGUGGAGUUGGCGCAUGUUUUCCUUGCCGAAUGUGCCAUGUAACGUGCCGGCCAAACGAGGUCACCGGCGUUUGUAUGAGAUGUUGCUCACGCGGCGUUUCGCUGCAUGGUCUUUGCUUCAGGCUUGAUAUUACCGACUGUCUAUUCUACAGGACAGGCUCCGCGAUCCAAUCGGGCGCCUGGCAGAAUGAUCUUGAAUGGUCAGCGUCGAAGGCAGUCACUCUUAAACUCUGUAUACCGAAGAUUCCCGGUGCGCCGCAGAUAUCCAUCAGCUGUCGCCCAUUCCGACCUGGGCUAGGGGAUAAAGUAGAAGACUAUGUUCGUGGAGAGGUGAUCGGCGAGAAGUUAGUGAGCCCAACAUAUGCGGCAUGCAAUACCCAAGCUCUUGCAAAGGAGAUUCGAUCCAAAGCAAGAUUUUCAGGCAGAGCCUAUGUGGAUGUCAUGGAAACGGAGAAUGCAUCGGCGUUGGUGGUGAAGAUUUUGCGAGGAGCGUUCACGUUUGCGAAUGAACAUCCUCGGAGCAUCCUCAAUUCCGCAUUGGACUUGUGGUCCUGUACCAGAAUGAACGCCUAUGACAGAUCACUGGCUUCAGAGGAAACACUUGGCCAGGAAAAAGUCUCCGAUCCUUCUUCUCCUUUUUUCGAUAUAGUUCCAAUUCCCCCCAAGCUCGAUUACCAAUGCGACAUGGUGGGUAUCAAAUGGCAGAACUCCCUUGCGGAACUCUUGAUGAAAGUACUGUGGAAGCAAUUGUUGAAGAAGACUCGAGACCAGUGGCUUGAGGUUUUUCUAGUCGUAUUUGUCAUGCUCAAUAACGUAGAAUUUGUCUAUGGUAUCGGCAAGGAACUAUCUGAGCAGUACGGACUACAUGCUGAAGAUGGCGCUCGAAUUCAACAGACUCUAUCAACAUACCUAGAAAGAUGGAAUUGGUCAGCCAAACACCUACGGCAUGUCUACAAGACGUACUUCAAGGGACGCUAUCCUUUCUCCGAUUCCGAGCUCCUUGCCGUAGCGAAGCGGCAGUACCCUACUGAAGCAACAAAGGAGUUGGUUGAAUUCCUCUCGACAGCGCAAGAAGCCAAUUCAUUUCAAAGUCACGACCAGAAAGCGCUCCCCUAAGUGCCGGACUAGGUGCCUCUAGUCAUAAUAGAGGCACUUCUUCUUAUUAAUGCUCCCGCCAUUAGUAGUUUAGGCUAUCGACUGCUUAACCACCUCGCAACGAACUACUCCCUGAAGGUUAAAUCGAUUAGAAUGUGAGGUUUAUAAUAGCAGUGUGACGACUGAGCGGAGCAACGAACGUAGGCAUAAAGAUCUGUGUGGUGGUAAAUAACAACCCAUGUAACGCCGGCUGUUACAAGCGGGGUACUAUGCAGGUAGUUAAGGUAAGGUAAAGU